CGCGAGGCCGGGGGAAACAGAAGAAGAAGCGGGUUCCUUCCGCCUUGGCUCUUCCGCGUUCUUGUGCGCAUGCGCGGUGGUGGAAAGCAGGCACCAAAGGUGGCAAAGACAAAAGAUGAACCUCUUAGGAAAGCUGCCUCCCCAAGAGACGCUGCAGUUUGUUCAUAAAGUAAUUGACGGCAUAUGUGGCCGAGCGUACCCUCGAUAUCAGGACUACAACACUAUUUGGAAUUUGUCAGAAUGGAUGGAAGUUUUAGAACAAACAACAGCAUAUUUCAAAAGUGCAGUUGGCAGCAAUGUCUCCGAUGAAGAGGCUGUUCAGCAGCUGAAUGAAUUGAGUUCUGACUGUCAAAAAGCGUUGGACACUUGCCUGAAAGGCAGAAAACAGGAUAUCCGACGGGUCUUGAUUGAAAAAACAAAUGCCAUGUGCUCUGCACAGCUCCUGGAUUUCGACUGGCAACUGAAGCUUGCCCUGUCCAGUGAUAAGCUUUCCAUGCUGCAGAUGCCACUGCUAAACCUGGAUCUGGAUAUGAGAGAGAAUGAUGACAUCAAGUUGUGCUCCAUAGAAAUGAAUAAGGAGGAGCUACAAAAUCUAAUAAAUGCAUUGGAAGCUGCUAAUAAGGUUGUCUUGCAACUGAAAUGAUCUCAGGUAUCGCCAGUGUCUCUUGACAGUGACAAAGCAAACACAGAUUAUACAGAACAAAGGAAGGAAUGAUGUUUUUGAACAGCUGAUGUCAGCUCAUAAAAAGAUGAAGACAAAGACCUUUAACUGCAGAUGUUCCCAUAGUCGGACUCUUGAUUGCAAUUAGCAGUAAAGCACAUUGGGCUUAAUUUGUGGACAAGUUGAAAGGAGCAUCAUUUGUCAAACUAUUUGUGAAGAGUCACAAGCACCAUGUUAAAGCAUACAUUCAAGGCUUUUUCUAGAUUCUGAAGAUACUUUGGCGUUUGUUUUCUAAUGUUUCCAGCGAAGCAAAGAAGUGGCACCUCAGAAAAUGUGGAGCCAGUAUACUUUCCCUUAAUUUUGAACUUAUAUAGUGGUCAACAAAUUGAAACAAUACAUCAUUGUUAAAGGCAAAAUUUCUAUGUUACCUCCCUAACUUUAUAGGAACAUGUUUCCUUGUUCUAAGUUAGUCUUCAAAAUGCAAUAGUACAGUAUCUUCCAAUGUGCCACCUUUCAAAUGUGUUGAAUAUUGCCAGGUUGGCAGGAUAUAUUAAGUUACCUUGAAGAACACCUGAUUGAAAGGAGAGGAUCUGAUUGGAUAUGUCCUCAGUGAUCACAUUGAACAUGACAAGCUCCAAAUCCAAAAAGACUAUCAGUUGGGCCUGUUGGCCAGAAAUGGAUAGUGUUUGUAAAUGCAACUCAAGCGAAGAUACUGAAAGCUCAUAACAGGAAACAUUCAAUCUGUAGAAUUUCAUUAGCUGUCUGUUACAUUAAGGUAGCCAAGUGACACGUGGCAUUUGUUGGACUGCAAGUUUCAUUAUUCCUUUGCUGUUCAGAGUUGGGAGUUGCCUUCCAACAGAUGGAGGUCCAUAAGUUGCUUGCCCCCUGCUAUGAAUGUACCCAAAUGUGACUAUCAUUAACAUUCAGUCUAAUUAUGGCCUGUAUUUGUACAUGAACAGUUUUUUUUUAAAUGAAAUAUUAAAAGUGUAUUGGGAAACAGCAACAGAAUUGUUCCCAUAAAAUCCAAGCUUACAUAACUAACCUUCUUUUGUUUAGUUCUGUCUAUAAAUGAUAUAUAAUGAAUAUUUUCUUUUUUGAAACCCUUUAGUGCACACAGGUUGUUCAUAAUGGCAAACAAAAUAUUCCUCAGAGUUUGUAUACACUUUGUAUAUAUCUGCAUGUCCCCUGUAAAUAAAGUAUUUGCAGUAAAACAUUAAAACCA